AUGGCGCUAUGUGUCUUUUUCGGCCUCAAGAAUACGCCUCUCGGUCUCUUAGCCUCAGUUUCGCAUAGCCAACUGAAUAUCCUACAUCGCAUUGUUGGCUAUACAACAGUAUUUCUCCUCGCACUCCACGCCCUUGUCUACACGAUACAUUUCGGCCGCCAAGGUCGCUUUGUACAGUUGUUGAAGAAGGAGGACAUCGAAGGCAUGGGUGCAGGUGUUGCUAUGCUUGUCCUAUUGAUGGGAGUGUUUAGGCACAAGCACUACGAGUUGUUCUAUGCUAGCCACGUCAUCGCCUUUAUGGCGGUCGUUUUUUUGACAGCACUGCAUAGGCCAAACUGGGCGAAGAAGAUCCCGAUGGUGAUGCUCAUCAUCUUCAGUAUAUGGACAGUCGAUCGACUCAUACGCUUUAGCAAGUUAUUAUACAACCUCGUCAACAACUCGGCGACAUUAUAUCCUCUUCCAUACAAAGGAACACGAAUAGUGCUCAGGAAGCCUGGUUUGGAAAACGACUUACCUGGAUCGCACUGCUUCUUAUGGAUUCCAAGACUUCGAUUAUUCGAGACUCAUCCCUUUACCAUCGUCAGCAAUGACUCCUCUGGUCUAGAGCUCAUCAUGAACUCGCAUGAAGGCUUCACCAAAGCUCUGGGCAACUUUGCAUACCAACAUCCCAGAGCUACUCUAUCAGCAUCCAUCGAGGGGCCAUAUGGCUCACUAGCAGACAUGAGCAACUACGAUAAACUAAUCCUUAUUGCUGGUGGGAGUGGAGCUGCGUUUACCUUUGGCGUCAUGAAUCGCAUCAUGAUGCAGCGUGAAAAGCUGUCAAUCCAGUCUAUCGAGUUUGUAUGGGCUGUGAGGCAAAUGGAACAACUGAGCUGGUUUCACCGACAUUUGCGCGAUAUUGCGAAUUCUGAAUAUCCCACCAGCGUCAAGGUCUACGUGACAGGCGAACGGUUUGCAUCUGGCUCAGUGCAUGACGACAGCGACCCUCAAACAUCGCCAUGCGGAGCAGAAUGUGGAAUUCUGCUAAGAGAUGAUACUAUCGACUAUCAAACAAUAUCUGAGAUUGACGAAUCAUGCGGGUCAAUCCGUGGAGCGACUGAAGAUGAGCUAAAGUCCAGUCCAUUUUUCGAGAAGCUGGAUGUUGAUGAAACAAUCAGAACAGCCAUAGAAGCAUCUACAAGUCAUGACCGAGUGCUGGUCUUGUCUUGUGGACCUAAGUCGCUCAUGGAUGCCGUGCAAGAUUCAGCAAGUAAAUCGCAGAGACAACGAAAUAUCAGAUUAGAUGUCCACUGCGAGGACUUUGGCGGUUGA